AUGAAGCUUUCUUGGCCAAGCUCUGUCCUCUGGACCAUAACGUGCUAUAUCGGACAUGCCGCAGCGGUCGCCUCAACUGACAGCUACCGAGAUGCGGACGUUGCACAAACGGGCUAUUUGCCGAACCACAACAUGGACCCGGCCGUUGUUGAUAGCGCACAAUUCGGACAGCUCUGGAAGGUAUCUUUCAAUGCCAAAGAACAGUUCUAUGCCAAACCCUUGGUUUUUACACCAGCAGCCACCGGCGUCCAAAUCUUGUUCCUUGCCUCGUCUCAAAACUACAUCCGUACCCUCAACGCCAAGACUGGUGCCAUCAUCAACACACGUCAAGUACAUACUCCUUUCCUGCAGUCUGACAUUGGAUGCACCGACAUCCCUAACACCAUUGGUAUCAUUGGCACACCGAUUAUCGAUCCGGCCACAGAGAUUGCAUACUUCUUCUCAAAGACAUACAUUCCCAACUAUCGCGUCGCAGGCAAUACUGGCGUUCCGAAUGGUGUCUACUACUUUCACGGCGUCUCUCUUGCUACGUUGCAAGAUGUCCCAGGCUAUCCUAUCCUGAUCGAUGGUAGUGUUGCAGACAACGAUGCCCAAGAUUACUUUGUCGGUGGAGUCAUCUUGCAACGUCCAUCGCUUGUGCAGGUCGGCAACUAUGUUUAUGGAGGGUUUGGCGGGCACUGCGACCUGUUCAACUACACUGGACUGGUAGUUGGCAUCGACAUCGUGAACAAGAACAUCGCCUCACAAUGGGCUGUGAGUGUCGGCCCUCUGACACCCCACAGCGACAGUCUGUUGCAGAAUGGAGCUGGUGGUCAAGGUGGUAUCUGGCAAUCUGGCGUUGGUCUCUCUACUGAUGGCAGUCGGCUUUUCUUCGCGACAGGAAAUGGCAAUGCGGAUCAGAACAACGGCAAGCUUGGCGUUCCCGCUUCUGGACGCAGUGGCUGCCAAACCCUGGGUGAAUCAGUGGUCAACCUCGCAAUCGACACAUCGACAGGGAAGCUUAGCACUCAAGAUUACUUCCAGCCUUAUGACUACGAGAAUAUGGAUGGCGGUGACCAAGAUUUUGGAUCCGGUGGCGUGACAUUGCUGGAUCCCACUGUCUUCAAGGGCACAGGAGUCAGUCGUAUGGCUGUCGGUGCGGGCAAGAAUGGAAAGAUCUACGUUCUAAACGCGGACAACUUGGGCGGCUACAAACAAGGCUCAGGCGGCAGUGAUGGCAUCCUCCAGACCAUCAACACUCAGAAGGCAGUUUUUGGUGGCUCCGGCUCAUAUCCCCUCGAAGGUGGAUUUCUCUACUCGACACCAGUGGGCUACCCUACCUACGUAUAUCAGCUGGGCUUCGACGGAUCCGGCGUACCUCAAUUUGCGCAAGUCGCCACCACCAAAGAGGUUUCGGCCGGUCGUGUCGGAGUUGGUGUACCUACAGUCACUAGCUUAGAUGGGCAGCCUGGUACUGCUAUCCUCUGGAUGACAGAUCCGGACGCUGGAAUCCGUGCUUGGUAUGCCGUACCCAAGUCCGACGGUACCAUGAAGUCCAUCGCUAUGCCUCAAAUCCAGGGCGUGAACAAGUUCCAGCGACCCAGCUUUGGUGACACUCGACUGUACACGACAGACGCGACAGGCAAUCUCUAUUGUCUUGGUUCCCCAGUGAAUCUGCCACUGAACUGUAGUUCUCCUGUCGACUUUGGCAGUGUGUCCCUCGGAUCAUUCUCGAAACAGACCGUCACUUGCACUGCCUUGAUCAACAUCAACCAGAUCGUCAACAUUCAGACUGCCGACGCCAACUUCGUUGUUCAUCUGGCCGAUCUGCCCAGGGGUGCCAUUGCCGCAGGACAGCAGUUCAGCUUUCCAGUUAGUUGGAAUCUGACUCAAGCUGUUGUCACCAACGCUGUCAAUGCGUCCUUUGGAAACACUAGCCCGGGUUUCAAGUCUACACCUUUGACGAUCACGACGAACAAUGCUGUAACAGGCUUCGCAACCGUCUUCCCGAUCUCCCUGACCGGUAAAGAAGUGAGCCAAGCUCCGUUCCUAGAUACGACACCAUCGACAGUCGAUUUUGGCGGAGUCAUCCUGGUUGGCUCGUCCGGGGAUUCUGAUGGCAAGACUAUCGGCUCCACCAUGACCAUUCGCAAUGAUGGUAUUGCUCCUCUUCUGAUCACUGGUUACGCCUGGACGCAAAAUGAGAUCGACGACGAUGAUGUUGAAUGGACCAAUGUCACUCAAUCAGACAACGGAACGUCUAUCCUGGGCCCAGGAUUCUAUGCGACCAAUCUUCCCGCCGUGAACUCCACUGUUCAACCAUCGCAGUCGAUCAUCGUGAAUCUAGUCUUUGCGCCUGAUGAUGGCAUCGGAAACUACUUCUCGUUCUUCAACAUCUGGACAAAUGGUGGUGCAACCGAUACGAUCUUGGAAGGGUCAGCAUCGACGGCACCAAUAGCCAACAUGUCUAUCUCAACAAGUGAACAUGGCUGGGCUGACGUGACAACGCAAAGCGCCCCAGUCAUGGACUUUGGUUAUGUUCAAGCAGGCACGACUCAAUCAUUGCAGAUACAGAUCUGUAACGAGGGCGGCUCAGUGCUUGAUAUCUCGAAAAGCAAGCCACCAAACGGCAUCUUCUUCAUCAACGACCCAGCCGAGCUUCACGAAGAGCUUCAGAUUGCACCAAAUAGUUGUGUGUAUGGAACAGUGCUGAUGUCGCCGCCCACGGAGCAUUACAACCAGCCUGAUCAGCCUGUCAACAAUACUUGGACGCUCAACACCGACGAUCUAAACUUCGGUGUCCAUAUUGUUCAGAUUCAAGGCAUCAUUCAAAGUGUUCACGUUGGCCCACAGAACAGCACUGGCAACCCGGUCUACACCUAUCUAGGCUGCUUCCAAGACAAUACCAAUGGAAAGAUCCUGCCGAACCAAUUAUAUGCUGGUAACAAUAACACCAAUGGGUUAUGUCAGAAUCUAGCAACUCCGGGAGGUUACGUUUUCGCAGGUACAGAGUACCAGAUCGAGUGCUACGCUGGCAACACUCCGCCUCCGCUCAACUUACAAGUUCAAGACUCGCUCUGCAACUUUGCAUGCGCCGGCAAUCAAAAUGAUACUUGUGGAGGUAAUACCGGCGCAGGACUCAUCUCGGUGUUCUAUGACGCUACACGUUUCACACCGGGCAGUAAUGCAACAUCAGGACCUGGCGGUCUGCCCAUCCCGUCGAGCGUAGGUAACUUUACCUAUGCAGGCUGCUGGUCAGAUAAUGUCAAUGGUCGAGCACUGAGCGGCCUUGCUCCUAACCCUCCUGCUGCCGGCACUACGUAUGAGAGCUGCGCCGCCGCUUGCCUCGGUUGGGAAUUUUUUGGGUUGGAAUAUGCCAACCAGUGCUACUGUGGCAAUUCAAUGGCCAAUGGCGCCGUGCUUCAGGCGAGCACAAACCCGGACAUCAAUGGUUGCAGCAUGUUCUGCCAAGGUAACUCAUCGGAGUACUGUGGUGGACCAAACCGUCUGAAUGUGUUCCAAUACAAUGGCACAGUUGCGACAUCAUCCCCAUCGAGCUAUGUUUCGUCAACAAGUAUCAGCUCCACAUCCCCCUCCUUUUCGAGCACAACUAGCACCUCGAGUCCCUCAUUUUCAUUAUCCUCGGCCACGCCAACACCAUCAAUUUCCAUGACAUCGAGCAGUGCUUCGUCGCCUGCGGUGAGCACAACUUCUAGUUUAAUUAGCUCUUCGUCAGCGGCUGCGACAAUUGCUGGAGGAUGGACUGCCUAUGGAUGUUACACCGAAGCAACCAACAUGCGUGCGCUUUCUGACCUGCAGAACCCAAUCUCUGGAAACAAUAUCACCAACGAGAACUGCGCCAAAGCAUGCGCUGGCUACACAUUUUUUGGAACAGAGUACUCAUCAGAGUGCUAUUGCGGAUACCAACUGAACGCCGGCUCGGUACCUGCGUCCAGCGGCUGCAAUAUGCCAUGCUCAGGAAACAGCGCAGAAACCUGUGGUGGCGGCAACAGAUUGACAGUCUACAAGUCGCAAUCUUCUCCACCAGUACAGCCCGUGACUGUCGGUAAUUUGACUGGCGUGCAGUAUCUUGGUUGCUACUCUGAAGCUACCAACAGUAGAGCAUUGACCGACAAGCAGUAUGCAGUACCCGCUGCAAACGUCACAGUCGAAGCAUGCAUGAAGGCUUGCGUAGGCUAUCGAUAUUGGGGUCUGGAGUAUGCGUCCCAGUGCUUCUGUGGCAAUGUGAUCCACACCGGCUCUGCUCUGGUGCAAGGGUCUACGCCAUCGCAGACAGGUUGCAAUAUGGUGUGUCAAGGGAACAGCACUGAGUAUUGCGGAGGUCCGGACAGGCUGAACAUGUAUACCAAUCUCAACGUGACAGCGGCGGGUCAGCGAAGGUGGUUGUACUCAGGGUACCAUUAG